UUUAAAAUUACAUCCAUUUAUGUAUAAUGUUUUCCAUCUUCUGGAGUGGUCCGAUCAGAGCCCAGACCUUAACCCAGUUAAGAUACUGCUGAAGUGAGACACUCACACCAGAUUAUUCUCAGAAUAUGUCUGAGCUGAAGCAGCUCUGUAGGAAGAAUGCUUCAAAGUUCCUCCUGAACAUUGUGCAGCUCUGAUCAGCAGCUAAUGGAAGAGGAGGUUUGAGGUUAUUGGUACAAAAGGAGGUUCCACAAGAUAUUAAAUCCAAAGGUUUACUUACUUUUCUCACCAACACUGUGAAUGUUUAAUGUUUGUCCACAUUUGCGAUUUAAAUCAAGAUCAGAUCACAUUUUAUGACCAACCAAUGCAGAAAACAGGUGAUUCCAAAGUCCAAAGUUUUUCUUGUCACUGUAAGUAAUAUAUUGACUUGUGACUGACAUAUCCAGCCUGGUCUGGAAUUGUAAGGUUACCUACUUUAGGGCUUAAUAUUUAUCUAUGGGUGUAAACAUAAACUUAUUCAAACACAACUGAGACCAGUAUUUAAAAGCCAUAGGCUUUCUCUACAACAAAUGUCUUUGAAACUAUCUGUGGUGAUGCUGACAACACUUAAAGACGGGACAUUUAACCUACUCAACUGAGUGACUGCUCGUUAAAUUAAAUUACUUCUGUAUGUGAUGUCUGUCUCAACAGGGGGACCACGAGCCACCUGUGCUUCUCCAGAAAAUCAGGCCGGACUUGAUCUUUUAGAGGCUGCAGCUGUAUGUUACCCAGCAACAUCACCCACCUUCGCUACAGACACACAAAAACCAAAAACACACACAACAGUCAACUCCGAACAGUCCCAGGGUUCAUCCACUGUGCUGAAGACCACACAGUCAUCAAUCAAGAACAUCACCAUAAACAGGGGCCAGACCCCUGUGCUCGGCAACACGUGGAAGUUCACAGCAUGUGUUGCAGCCUUGGCUCUAAUAACCUCCAUGCUCAUUGUAUGUGCCAUCAAGGGGCCUUCCUUGUACAAGCUCUUCCACAACUACCAGCACCGGCGGCUAGACCAAGAGGAGGAUGAGGAGGAAGACGUUGUGUCAACGGUCUUCUCAGGGACAGGGAGAUAUGUCAACCAUCAGACAUUCACCUUCGAGCAAGGGAACGCACAGAUAGAGAUAGAGGAGGAAGAGGAAGAUGGGUAUUUUGAGGAUCCAUACAUCAAGAGGGACGAAUGACAUGCAGGAGAACCAUGACAAAUCACACAGCUGCUUCGGUCACAAGAAGAGGAGGCAAUUACCUCCUGUCAUUUGUGUCACACUUAAAUACUCUGUGUUUAAUUGGGGGCUGUUAAAUUGUACAUAUUUAUUUUUUUUAGCACUGCUAAAUACUAUCAGCCUAAGAGUUAAGAAAAGGGUUGUCUUAGCUCUAUGCUCUCACUGUGAGUUUGUGGUAGUGUUGGUACUGAUCUUAUGUUCCUCUAUAGCAUCACAUCAUUGCCAGAAAUAUGAAGUAAAAACUUGACUGUAACAUGAUCUCUUGCUCUUGGUCACCUAAGAAACUAACAUAUCAAACCUUAUAUAUCAGGCCCACUAAACAUCAGAGAGGUGUGUAUUUAUUCUGCUCCCCAUUCCACUGUUCCACACCCUGGUGUUAUGCACACAGGUCUUCUACAAGAUGUGGUUGUAUAGUGGUAAAAAACAAACCAUGCCUCUGUGCACGAGAUUGCAUUUUUCAUAUUUGUAAAUAUUUAGAAUAAAACACUGAUAGACACAGAAAGAUGUAGAAUCAAAUCAUUCAAAUCUGAAUCUGAGACACAAAUUACUUCAGAUGUUUUACUGCAGUCAUAAACCUCUGCACAAGGGAUCUCAUGCAACUUGUGUUUGAGAGAUCACACAAUAAUCAACAUAAAUAAACUUCCACUAAAU